UCGAAAUUGAGGUUUUUCCACUGAAUUCCGGUGUGGUGUUUGAGCAGGCUCGAGAUCAGCGUGAGCGCGCGUCUGUCCAAUAGCAUUUGUCAGGAACAGCAGAGGCUCGAGCAGGACUGGAGUCAGUGGAGCGACGGAACUGCGUGUGUUCCAGGAAAAUUCGAAACGCCCUUUUUCUCGAGUUCCAUUUUGCGAAUAGGGAGGCAUAUGCUCACAAGAACAUGAAGUAGGCUUAAACUACUUGCUGGGCUACUUGCUGUAUGUGCUUGUGUCUUAAACCAUAUGUAAUUGUGUUUAACUAGCCUAUAGAGUGUUUAGUAAACUCGGUUUCUUACAGGCAACGUGCUGUAAAAUACAGUCUAAAGGACGUAGGCUACAGGAUGUCUUCCACAAUUUUUAAGUGUCAGAUCAUCCUCACACUCAUCUGUAUUGCAGUGUGUUACGAGCCCACAAAGGAGGACUUGAAGUGUUUUAAUGACUAUGAGACAGAAAUGAAAUGCAGUCUCUACUCUGAACGUCUCCAAAACUGCUCUGGACUCAAGCUUGACAUUACUCAUGAAGUAUCCAAUACGUUUGAAAAGUAUACAUGCAUCUUUGAGAGAAGUCAUCACAGUGACAAUUGUGAGUGCAAUAUUACAGUGGAUGAGUUUGUUCUAACGGAGAACUUCAAUACUACACUUCUGGAAGGAUCAAAUGUUUUAUUAAACAAAACAUUCAUGACUUCAGACUUCAUCAAACCUAAAAGUCCAGUCUUAUCAGUGCAAAAGACUGAAAAUGGAAACUUUAAUGUAACUUGGGAUGACCAAUAUGGUUUGGUAGGAAGAAAUUUUGUUGAAAGCUUACAAAUAAAUCUGAUCUAUGGCAUCAAAGGAGGACACAAAAAUAUAUUCAAGACAGUGCAGAACACUGUGGGAUGCCACGAGAUUGUGGCCGAAAAUCUCCAACCAAAUACCAACUACGUUCUGACAGCAACAAUGAGCACUGACUAUAAUGAUCAUAGUAUAUCUAGUGACCAGAGCGCAGCAGUUGAGUUCACCACCUCCUCAUCCCCAAAUGAAAUAGCCAAAAUGAUGAUUCCACUUCUCUGUGCUGGUUUAAUCAUCAUCAUUAUUGUUAUCUUCAUCUGCAUUUUGAGAAUGAAGACGAAUUGGUGGAACAAAAUCUCCAAGCCAAAAAUAGAUGCCAAUUUUGGAGAUGAGAAGGUUUAUAUGUUGCCUCCAUUUGCUACGAAAUCCUCUCCAAUCCAAGAAGAGAUUCCAACACUGGACCUUCAGAGGAAUAAGAAUUUGAUCUCAGCAUUAUCAGUAGAUACAAACAAUGAAAAAAGUUCCCACAGUGUUGAGUCAGCACCUGUGGAUUAUGGCCAGGCUGGCCAUGAUAGCAACAUCAACAUUCAUUCACUAGUUGAGCGGGCAUUGGAUGAGGUGUUUAAUUUAAACCCCAAAGUAAACCCAUCACCAUUCCCUGCCAACAAUCCGGAUAUUACGAGAAGCUCAUACAAGAGUGUUGACUGUUUGAGUUCCUCAAGAGAACACAACCGUGCAAACCGAGACUCGGGCAAUUGCUCUGGCUCAUCGGUUUUCAGCAAUGUGCCAUAUUUUGUAUCAGGCACUGAUGAUUCUUUAUCCUUGGAUACAGGCAAUACAAGCCCAUAUGAGUGCGUCAGCAGUGUUUUAGAAAAGGGAAAUGAUCCCGAUAGUUGUGUGAAACUUCCGAAUUCUGUUGGUGCUGAUGAGAAAUGCAUCAUGGAAAGUCACAUCACCAGCACAAAUCCACCCUUAACCCCUCUGAAUCUGGAUUGCGGCAUUGUCACACCAAGUGAUAAAGGAUAUGAGCCUUUUCAAGGCUUGACAAAGAGCACAGAAGGACAGUGGAGCACAAGCAUCAGUACUGAACAAGCCCUUAAUGCAUGUGGAGCUUUGAAAUUCCCCCACAGCACUGGCCAAGAUCCCACAUCUGUGCAGCAAAGUCCUUGGGCCUCUUCUUUCUCAUCUGUUAUUCCAGUAGACAGUUCAUAUCAGUGUGUUUAACUGGGCUGUAAAAACAAAAGAUAAGUACAUGCCCAGAACAUUUCAUUCUUUUUUGCAUGCAGUGUCUACAUUUACAAUGAAUAUUUAAUCUGAAAAUAUGACUAGUAAUAAGAACUAUGCGAACUUUGUUUAUCUUUUGCUCAGGCGUAAAGCCAAAGCCAUGAAUUUGGGUUUUGCUUGCUACUUGUGCGAUACGAUGUUGAACAAUGCCUUUUAGGGAUACUCCACCCAUUAAAAUGAUCUCAUGCUGUUC